GGCGGCCGAUAUGUGUAAGCGAUUUGGGUAGUAGUAAUGUUUGUAGUGGUUACCAUCUGAUGUUGUGUGUAAGUGAGAGCAAUGACAGGAAAGAGCAGAAACUGGGUUCGAAUCGAAGCAGAUAUUGUGAAAGGAAGAGAAGAAGGAAACUGGAAGAAGCUUAUAGAACUUGCCGAACAUUUAAAAUCUAGGUCACCUAGCUCAGAAUGUCUGGCUCACUUCCUCAUCGGUGAAGGAAAAUUGGAAUCCUACCUCGAAGCAUUUCCUCCUGUUGAACAAAACAACAAUAAGGCACGAUCAGGAUUGUCUGAAGCAAAACGGUAUUUGUUGAGUACAGUAGGCGAGCAAGGGAAACAGGCUGGUUUCCUACUUCUUGAUGUCUUUUUACUUCUUGGAAAAACGCAUUAUGCAAUGGGUCAUUAUGAAGAGGCACUAGAUUAUUACAAUCAAGCCGAAUUGCAGUCGUUAACAGAAAAGCAUUUACCUAGUCGGAGUCUAAGAAUUGUCGCCGAAUCAUAUGCUAUUAAAGGGAUGUGCUUGGAAAAAGUUCCACCUCUUUCGUCAUCAAAGUACAAACAGGCUGAAUGGGAUGAGCAGCGAAUACAGUGUUUUGAACUAGCUGGCGAUUUAACACUAAGAUACCUGCAGGAGCAAGACAAACAGCAGCAGCAUUCAUCUACCCCAGGUUCAUAUUCACCUCAACCACCGAAUCCAGCAAAACAUAUUGGCCCUAUAUUGGAAACAGCAUUACAGAGAGCACCUAUUCUUUACAUGCAGACUGGAAAGCUUCAGUCAGCUGUUUCACGUUACAGGGUUAUGUUAAGUGCCAUAGAGACAGCCGCAACUCAGAGUCUGCGACUCACACUGACACGACGACUAGCAGAGGUGCUACUUCGUGGUGUUACUGGGAAAGUUUAUGUUAACCCAGAAAGAGACAGCAACAUUUUUCCAAAAAAGAGUAAGGGAGUUGCAGAAAGUCCAUGGAAACCUCGAAGGUACAUAGGUCAGCAUCUGUUCGUUCCCCGUACUGAAAAUGAGGAAAUAAUAUUGUUGUUAUUAAUCAGUGAGGCCAUGGCCGUCCGUGAUGCCGUUUUAAGCCAGUCGCCAGAAUUCAGGGAUGCAAGGAUACAUGCGUACAAAAAUGCUACAGCGGUGUACGAUCUUUUAACAAUAACUCUGGUACGGUGGGGGUAUAUUGACUUAGUUUAUGAGUCAUUUGAACGAGCAAUGAAGUUCUCAUUUGAAGAACCUCAUGUGUGGAUGCAGAAAGCUCUCUGUUUAAUGUCAAUGGGUCAAUACCCUCGAGCUUUAAAAGUUUUGAAGGAAGUGAUACGUCUUUUACCUACUAAGGUCCUUCCAUGUCUGUUAGCAGCUCGUAUUUGCUUUGAACACACAAACCAGUUUGCUGAAGGCCUGCAGUGGAGCUGCCAAGCCCUCUCCAGAGAGACGUCAUCACCACAAAAUCUGGCAUCCCGGUGUCAUCUCUACAUAGGCAUUGGUUACAGUCUGCAGGCAGCAAACACUACAUUAAAACAUGAGAAACAGCAACUUAUUCAGAGUGCACUUGACUCUUUUCACAGGGCACAGCAGACAGAUCCAAAUGAUCAUCUGGCGGAGUAUUACCUUGGACUUCAGUAUGCUUACAAUGGACAGUUAACAGAAGCAGUAGCACACGUGAAAUUGGCAUUGAAUUUAAAUGCUGAGCAUGUUCCUUCCCUUCAACUUCUUGUGUUACUUUUAUCAGCACACAAGCAGACUGCUGAAGCCCUGCAACUGUUGGAUGCUGUUAUACAAGAAUAUCCUGAUAACAUGAACUUGCAUUACACAAAGGCACAGCUAGAGCUACAACAUCUUGGAGGAGAGCAAGCACUCCAUACUGCUGGAAAUAUGUUGGCACUAUGGAAAAACUUGUAUGAAGAACAAAUCCAGGCAGAUGUAAUGGAACAAUCAGAUAGACGUAGUGAGACCCGUAGCGUUUUCCAGAUGUACUCAUCAGAAUUAUCUGAUAAGGACUCUAAGUGUGAACUGUUAAUAACUGAUAAACUCAACUAUGAGUCAUAUGUUGAUGACAAUGUAAUUGUUGAAUUUAAAGCUGACGACAAAAUUUAUGAUGUAGGUAAGGGACUAGUUUACCAUUAUUUGGGAAAUCAGAGAUUAGCAGAGAAAACACUGAGAGAUGCUGCCAGAAUUGAUCCAUCAUCGUACCAGACAUGGUACAAUUUGGGCUGUGUUCUGGAAUCAAUGAAUGAGUUUGAUUCAGCAAGUGAUUCCAUGGCUACUGCCUUAGAAGUGGAAACAACUAAUCCAAUUUUACCAUAUUCUUCAAUACCAUUGACUUUUGAAUGACAAUUAUGAACAACAUAGAAUAUGUGAAAGGCAAUAACAUGUUAUUUUGCUGAAAUGUAUAUUACAUAAAGCUUUCCCUGACUAUUAUAUAUAAACAGUGAUGGCAUGACAAUGCUGUUGGGGAUUUUGAUAAAUGGUUUCAGCUGGUGUCAAUGUAUUUGUUUGUGAUAUAGUACAUGUAAAUCCAUUGUAAGAUGAUUAUUUUAAACAGAAUAUCCGUGACAGCUGAUGUGCUAGUGCAACACUUUGACUCAUAUCUGUCAAGGUUCAAAGCUUGCAAAACAAGUCAUAACUAUGUAGUAAAAGUACUGCAAGAAUGAUGACAGAAUUUACAAUACUGAAGUUCAUUAUGUGCUACAUUAUAGCUGGUACAAUGGUGAAAAAUUUUACUAGUUUCUUCAACUGCAUGCCAUGAAUGUCUGACUAUACCACCACUAGUAUCUCCUUUCUAGUUGUCUUAUGGGUAUUUGAAAAUAUUGUGGUGACUUCCUGAUAAAUGGAAAAGAAAGUUGUUGUGUUAAUUCGAUAUGAGAGAACUUGUUAAAUUCUCUUAAACAUAUUUUGUGUCAAACUUCUGCAGUGUACAAUACGCAAUAUUCAAUUUCCUGUCAUGUACAUGUGUACAUAGUCCUACCCAUUUUUGAAUGGGUUAUUCAGCAAGUUAUACUGUUUAUAAUACUCUGUUGAUUGUAUGUACAGUUAUUUAUUCCUAUAAAUUAUAUGUAAAAUAAUCUGCUGUUUUGUUUACAACUUGUUUGUAAAAGUAUAAAAAUUGUUGUUAACCGGAUCAUCUGUUUUGUAAAAUAUGUAAAUAAAAGAUGAACUGUUAAGUUUCUAUUUAAA